AUCACUGAUCUGAGAUCAGCCUGCCGCAUUGUUUUGUCCAUAGAUAUCGAGGAGACGAAGAGGAAAUGGACAUGGACAGCCUUCUGGUGGUAUUGGACCGUGCAGCAGCUGUGCUAUUGUCUCCUCCGAAUGUUGUCUCACAAGCCCAGAGAAGUGAAGCAGAGGCGACUUUCCUCUCGUUCAGGCAGUCCAAGCACCCGUUUGACGCAUGUCGUCAUAUUCUGGAGCAUUCUUGCACUCCGUAUGUGCAGUUCAUAGCGGCAUCAACUAUCUGUGAAGCACUUGUGAGAGAAUGGUCAGCUCUCAGUGCAUCGCAGGUGGAUUCUCUCCAGACCUUCCUUCUCACAGUCGUGGCACAGAACCCUAGGAUGGAUGCGUACAUCCGUGAGAAGCUGCUCGUGGCGUGUGUUAUCAUCCUCAAGCGUUGCUUACUGGAUAAAGACCAGGCCAAGGCAAGCCAGGAAUCUCUUUUCUCCAAAGUCCGUGCUCUGCUGAUGGGAACGUGCGCCGAGAUUUCUGUUGGAUCUGCUGUCUUGCGAGCUAUGAUCAGAGAGUGUGCUCUCUACUCAUCCACUGGUGAUGCUGGUCUCUCUUGGUCAUCCCACAUCCGUUGCAAAGCUAUUUUCCAGUCACAAUGCCUGCCUGAAGCUUACAAGCUAGUGCUGGAGGUUUUGCGUCAGUACAGCACCUUAUCAAGUAUCCAGGAUAUUGGACAGGACUCCCUGGCUGUGCUCGCUGGAUUUCUAGAAGUUGCCGAAAUGUGCCUCAGCUGGGACUUCACCUCAUCUCGAUUUCAGACACCAACCCAACUCACCGCCAGUGCAUUCAGACCAGGCAAAGAUUGGCGGCCGCUAGUCGUCAACAGCGACAUCGCUGCCGUCUUGUUUAAUAUUCAUGGCUUGUGCAAAGGCAGUGUUGAGCUACGUCACCUAUCCAGCCGUUGCUUAGCUCAGCUGGCAUCCCUGAGUGGGCCAGUCCUGAUUGAGAUGCGUGAUCAAGUCCAGCAUGUCACAACCUUCUUGCAGAGACUGCUGCCGCUGCUGCAGACUGAGGAUUACUGCAAUGACGGAGCAGCAUCCCUGGCGCAUGCCAACAUCGUGUCGCAGAUCAUCAGUGCUCACAGUAGCACGUUCUGGGCCAGCUUUGACGAGAGCCUCUGCCAACCGUUUGCACUCAUCAUCUCAGUGUUUGCCUGUAGUGUUGCACAGUCAGCACACACUGCAGAGCAGUCCAACGACUCAGAAAAUGCUGCACUGUUCCAGGAGUCGUUUGACAAGCUGCUGGAGUGCUGGUUGUUGUGGCUCACCUCGCCGGGCGCUGUGCACUCCGUCAUGCUCUCGCGAUCCCUGGCCAUAUUUGAGGCCUACCUGUCGUGGCAUCUGAAAGGCUCCUCACCAUCGUACCAGGACGAGGAGGAGGUGGAUGAGCUGGAUGAGGAUGAUCGGGUACGAUAUGAAGAUCAGCUGUGCUCCAUGGGCACGCUAAGUCGAGCGAUUCUGCCCGCGUGCAUGCCCCUCAUGUGUCAGCUGCUAGAAGAGAGGCUUGCACAGUGGAUGGAGAUUUGCCAGCGAUGUGAAGCCAAUCCCAGCCUGUCGCAGUCGCCCGAGGUUUCAGCGUCGCUGGCCGGUCUGUACGAGGAUCUGCACUGGCUUGUGUUACUCUCUGGCCACACUCUAUGCUAUGACUGCCUGUCUGGUGAGACACCAACUGUACCAAAGCCAGUGCGUGACUUCUCCGCUGCCCAACAAGAUCAGGUAUCAGCUGAUGCAGCUCAAGCAUACAUGUCCGCUUUGGGCCAGCCAAUCACAGAGAGAAUAGCGUGCCCGCACGGCACUGACCUGGUUGUGCGACUGGCUGUGGAUGUGAUGCGCGUGGCGGAUUUCCAACGCUACAUUCACUGCCAGUCGAGCAAGGGCCUCACCUCCAUGUUCCCUAGUCCCCAGCUUUCACGCUCACUGUUCUGGUACUUACGGUGCUGGUGUGCUACGUAUGUCAUGCUCAAUGCUGACCAAGCCGACGUCAGUGCAAGCUUGAAGUGCACCAUGUCCGUGCAGGGUGCUGGCAAGGCCUGCUUGCAGUGGCUAGUUGACCAUAUGACCUGCGAGAUGCCACUCUGGGCUGGUGACUCCGAUGUCCUCAAGGACUUGGUGGAACUACUGGGUUCGCUGACAGAGUGUCCUGUUCGGUUUCAUCUUGCACUGGGCUCACCAGAUUUCUGGCAACUGACAGUGUCCUGCGUUCGAUCAGACAGCUGGCUGCGUUCUGCCGAUGGGCAACGCAGCGUGGACCUACUCUCUGCCCUUGUCAAAGGCUGCUCUAGCCCGCCUAGCACUUGGUCUGAGUCUUCAUCUCUGUCAGCGAUGUCCAAACUUUUCGGCCCUGGUGAACUGGCACAGGUAGAGCAGAGGAUGAGCGAGUUUUUACGUUUGGUACUGGAGCCUCUGACAGGUCGUGUUAGUAGCUUGCAGCUUGGCUCACCAGAGUUUGCCAAGCACCGGCAGGAGAGUGCGGUGAAGGAGGAGGUCUCGUCGCUCAUGCGCCUGCUGCGUGGUGUGUUUCAGGGUGUCACCUCGGCGACUCUUCCGACGGCGUUCUCGCUCUUCUUUGGUCUUUGCCUGCCAAAGAAGAGCGAAGGUCACGUCUCCGUUGACGAGCUUCGAGCUGUUGCCAACGGUGCUGGUUUUGACGACGAGUCGUGCAGCAUUCUAUCACUUAUCAAUCACUACGCAGACCAUUCUGACAUUCUUGUCAGCAUACUUGAGUUCUUCGAGGCUCUGGCGUCGUCUAUGCUUCCGCUAAUACCACAGAGCAAUGCUCCAGCAACGUACGCGGUUCUGCUACGUACUAUGCAACUGUACUCCAAGUCUAGUCUUGGUAAAUUCAAGUCACUAGCUAAUGGUGAUGAUGAACAACUUGAGGAUCUUCUGGUCUUCAUGAAGCUAUGCGAUCACCUCAUUUCUCGUGAUUACUGGCAUGAUUCUGAAGAUGCUGCCGGCAACGGUCAAAUAGAAGGUGUUGACGUCUCUCUGUGCGGACUCGGCUUCAUCUUGCCGCUCAUAACACCAGAGCUGUUGCAGUUCCCGAAGAUGUGUGAGGAGUAUUUCCGUAUCGUCACAUUCCUGGCUGAGUUCCAUGCAGGCAAGGUUGCGGCGCUUCCUGAUAGUCUUUUCGAAGCUUUUGUCAAAUCCUUGGAGCUCGGCUUGUCCAAUUAUGGCUCCGAGGUGAUGAAGAUGUGUUUAGAAGGAUUAGCAUCGAUGGCCGAAUGGUUUGCCUUGAAAGGCAGCCGACACCCAGACCAGGCAACUCGCCUACAGCCGAUCAUGGAUCAUUUCCUCAAAAUUGUUUUCAAUAAAGGAUUGGUGAACCAGGUGGAUGGAAUGGCAGAGCUCACUUCCGCCUCAGAAGCUUUGUUCAAUCUCAUUUGCUGCAGCAAGGACACGUACAGGCAGUUAGCGCAGCAACUGGUAGUUGCUCAACCAAAUCUUCCCAGCCAACAACGAAUGGCUGCAUCGUUUGAGCAGUUGAUUCCAGCUGAUCUGCCCCUUGUCCCCGAGCACUCCAACAAGGUGAUCUUCCGCCGUCACUUUCAGACUGUUCUGGAGAGUGUACGCCAUCUACUUGCUGCCUGAAGGUUCUCCCCUGACUCUGGACUGUUGCAGUGUACGCGUGUGUGUACAUAAUUAUAUAUGUGUGUGGGUGUGGGUGUGGGUGUGUGCACAAGUUGAUAUGGCUUCUGCCGUAGCAGCGCUAUCACCGCCUCCGGCGGUGGGCGUCAACAGGUGUGUGUGUGUGUGUGUGUGUGUGUGUGUGUGUGUGUGUGUGUGUGUGUGUGUGUGUGUGCGUGUGUGUGUGUGUGUGUGCGUGUGUGUGUGCGUAUAUGUGUACUUUCGCUAACUGUUCCAUUUUGUAUGAAACUUUCCCUGUGGGAUGUGCUCAUUUGAGUUCUAGGGUGCUGUGAUUUUGUGUGCUGUCCACAGUUUGUGUGUCUGCGAUGACCUGAUUAAUAGGCAAUCAGAAUUUGGUAUUAUAUUUUAUCUCCAGCCGUGUUUGGACACAUCGCAUUGCCUAUUUUUUUUUAAAAAUAUUAUCAAUGAAAUUGGCUGGGCCAUUGGUGUGCUUAUUUAUAAGUUAUACAUGUAGUAUACUGUACUUCGUAUAAUUAUAUUGUAACGUUAGGAGGCUUCAGUUGAAUUCAUAGAAUGCCUUUUCAUAUUUUAUUCAGCUUUUUAGGCUCUUGAUAUUCUCAUGCUUUGUGUGUUAGUUUCCGCAUGUACAUGUGUAUGCGAUAUCGGUCAGCGUGCAGUCUUUUCCCCUGGCCCUAACUUACAUGUCAAGUA